GCUUCAACAUCAACCAUGUUCUCUGGAGCUCUGCUGCUGCUGUUGGCAGCUGGAUGUGUGAAGGGUGAAACGUUGACUCAGCAAGCCUCUGUGACUGUGCAGCCAGGUCAACGUCUGACCAUCACCUGUCAGGUCUCUUAUUCUGUUAGCAGCUACCGCACAGCUUGGAUCAGACAGCCUGCAGGGAAAGGACUGGAGUGGAUCGGAAGCGCACGUAUUGGAUACACCACAUACUACAAAGAUUCACUGAAGAACAAGUUCAGUAUCAGUUUAGACUCUUCCAGCAACACAGUGACUCUAAACGGACAGAACGUGCAGCCUGAAGACUCUGCUGUGUAUUACUGUGCCAGAGACAAUUCGGGUAGCAGCGGCGGCUUCGACUACUGGGGGAAAGGCACCAUGGUCACCGUCACUUCUGCCACUCCACCUACACCAUCUGCACCAACGGUGUUUCCUCUGAUCCAAUGUGGCUCCGAGGCUGGAGCAAUGGUCACUCUUGGCUGCCUCGCCACCGGCUUCUCGCCCUCCUCACUGACCUACGCAUGGAACCAAAAUGGCGUUGCCUUGACGGACUUCAUUCAGUACCCUGCAGUACAGAAAAACAACCUCUAUACCGGAGUCAGUCAAAUCCGAGUGAGGAGACAGGACUGGGACGCCAGGGUGCCCUUCCAGUGUGUCGCAACCAAUACAGCGGGAACUGCCCAAUGUCGUUUCGAACCACCACCACCACCAACACAACCACCACCGGUGAUUUGUCAGUUGCCAACUCUUAAAGUGUUGGCCUCCCCUGGUGAUGAAGCCGAGGCUUCCUUCUCCUGCUUUGCCAAAGAUUUUUCACCAAAAGAUUAUGAGUUCAAAUGGCUGAAAAAUGAAGUGGAAAUCACCACCAAAAUAAACGAGUUCACAACACCUUAUAAGGAAAGAGAGGACGAUAAUGGAACCAAACUGUACAGCGCGGCCAGUUUUCUCACGUUGAAGUCUAGUGAGUGGACUCCUGGCAUGGAGAUUACAUGCAAGUUCAUUGGGAAAUGUAGAAGUUCAAGUCAAGAAGUUACAACAGCCAAGAAUUCAUCUGUGAUAUAUGACCCACCUUGUCCGCCAUCUGUGGGAUGUCCUAAAGCAGAUGUGGAUGUUACGAUCAUUGAACCCAAAAUGGAGGACAUGUUUUUGGAGAGAAAAGGAACUGUAAUAUGUCGAGUCAACAUAAAUAACCCAUCUGUCGAAGAGAUUUUUUGGGAAAACAAGAAAGGAGAUGCAGUGGCUGAUUCCUUAAUAUCCCCACCUAAAGGACGUACAGGCAUAGUAGACUGUCCACUCGAGAUCUCGUACGACGAAUGGAGCCGAGGGGAAAAGUAUGUCUGCAUUGUUGUACAUACCGAAUUCUUGGAAAGACUGAAGAAACCCUACGAGAGGACUAUUGGAGGUCAGACUCAGCGUCCUUCCGUGUUUAUGCUACCUCCAGUAGAACAUACUAGACAAGAAAGGGUGUCCCUGUCUUGCUAUGUGAAAGACUUCUUCCCUCAGGAGGUUUUUGUGUCUUGGCUUGUUGAUGAUGAGGAAGCGGACUCACAGUACGAGUUCCAUACCACAAACCCCGUAGAAAGCCAAGGAUCCUAUUCGGCUUACGGCCAGUUAUCUCUCACCCUCGAGCAGUGGAAAAACAAGGACAUGGUGUAUAGCUGUGUAGUUCACCACGAGUCUGUGGCUAACUCAACUAAAGCUAUCGUCAGGUCCAUCGGCCAAAGAACGUUUGACAGAACCAACCUGGUCAACCUCAACAUGAACAUCCCUGAAACGUGCAGGCCCCAGUUACCAGACUUCUACCUACUGAACGGUCCGCUGGAAGCAGAAGAAGAUAACAUGGGAAGCACAGCCAUCACCUUCAUCCUUCUCUUCCUCAUCACUCUGCUGUUCAGCAUUGGAACCACUGCUUUUAAGCACCUGGAAUCAUCAGCCCGUGUUCAACUCGACAUACAAAACUAUUUCUUCUCUAUCUCAGCACCGCUGGUCGUCUCUCCAAACAUCACAUUACAUCCCGACUGGGAAGGUGAAUUCGGGACCUCAUCGGUCAAACUCAUCUGCACCCUGAGCGGCUUCUUUCCAAACGAUCUGGAUGUGAUGUGGGAGCGGGACGACCAAACUCUAGACAUUCAGGGAAUCCAAAGAAAGCUGCAGAGUUUGGAGAGAGGAAAGAAGGAAACCUUCAGUCUAAGCAGUGAGAUUGAGCCAAAUAUGACGGAGUGGGAUGCUGGCUCAAAGUUUACAUGCAAGUCCAGUCGCAAAGAUCAGGAAUUUAUAAAAACAAUAAGUAUUUGUCAAAUCCUUUCAAGUGCCCCUCCCCCCAUCCAUGUGGAGAUUCCCAGCUUCAAGGAAGUAAUGGAGGCAAAAUCCGAUGUGAAAGCAACAUGUUCGGUCCUCACUGUUCUCAAUGCCAAGGUGACCUGGGGAGUAACAGAGGGUAGCACCGCGACCCUGGUCAAAAACACAACUCAUAUAAUCAGUCAAGUGACGGUUUCCUCAAGUCGAUGGAAACAGCUCAAGUCUAUAACAUGUAAAGCUGAACAUAAGUGCUUCUCAUCCACCGAGGUGACUGUGAAUGUUGCAGAACCUGCAGUCACGCGUCCAGUGGUUGAGAUCAGGAGAUUGCUGAAAGGAGACGUUGCUAUGCUGGAGUGUGACGUCACACAGCUCUCAUCACGUGACCUGUACGUCACCUUUCAGGCCAACGGUACCGACAUCUCUGAGAGACAGUAUGUUGAACUUCCUGAAGCUUCAAUCAGUAAACGCUUCUCUGUCCCAGAAAGUCACUGGAAUAAUGUCAACAGUUUCACCUGCAAAGUGCACCAAGGCUUCUCUGACACCUUUAUGUCAAACUCUUAUGGCAACUUCUUUGGGGUCGCAUCGGUGGAACUUCUUCUGGCCCCCAGUGAAGUCUCAGGAACACAGAGACUCUUAUGCUCUGCAUGGGGCUUCAACCCUAAAAUCAAAUGGUCUUCUGAGCCAAGAUCUCCAUCAACUAAUGACGUCAGCAUGGGUGCAGACGGACGUGUGGCAGUAACAAGUCAACUUCACAUCCCUCACACAGAGUGGAGCACGGGGAAGGUCUUCACUUGUCGAGUAUCUGACAAGUCUCAGAACAAACCUGUCAAGAAGGACAUCAGCGUCUGCUCAGUCCUUUCAAGUGCCCCUCCCCCCAUCCAUGUGGAGAUUCCCAGCUUCAAGGAAGUAAUGACGGAGGAAUCCAACGUGAAAGCAACAUGUUCGGUCCGCACUGUUCUCGAUGCCAAGGUGACCUGGGGAGUAACAGAGGGUAGCACCGCGACCCUGGUCAAAAACACAACUCAUAUAAUCAGUCAAGUGACGGUUUCCUCAAGUCGAUGGAAACAGCUCAAGUCUAUAACAUGUAAAGCUGAACAUAAGUGCUUCUCAUCCACCGAGGUGACUGUGAAUGUUGCAGAACCUGCAGUCACGCGUCCAGUGGUUGAGAUCAGGAGAUUGCUGAAAGGAGACGUUGCUAUGCUGGAGUGUGACGUCACACAGCUCUCAUCACGUGACCUGUACGUCACCUUUCAGGCCAACGGUACCGACAUCUCUGAGAGACAGUAUGUUGAACUUCCUGAAGCUUCAAUCAGUAAACGCUUCUCUGUCCCAGAAAGUCACUGGAAUAAUGACAACAGUUUCACCUGCAAAGUGCACCAAGGCUUCUCUGACACCUUUAUGUCAAACUCUUAUGGCAACUUCUUUGGGGUCGCAUCGGUGGAACUUGUUCUGGCCCCCAGUGAAGUCUCAGGAACACAGAGACUCUUAUGCUCUGCAUGGGGCUUCAACCCUAAAAUCGAAUGGUCUUCUGAGCCAAGAUCUCCAUCAACUAAUGACGUCAGCAUGGGUGCAGACGGACGUGUGGCAGUAACAAGUCAACUUCACAUCCCUCACACAGAGUGGAGCACGGGGAAGGUCUUCACUUGUCGAGUAUCUGACAAGUCUCUGAACACACCUGUCAAGAAGGACAUCAGCGUCUGCUCAGUAACUCCAGCAUCAUCUCAGGUAGUUGGCGUGUACGUUCAGGGACCACCACUCCAGCAGCUUCACAACAAGGGUCAGGUGACUAUCACCUGUCUCCUGGUGGGCCCUUCUCUUCAGGAUUUCUCCGUAUCCUGGAAAGUAGGCGGCAACUCCCCGAAUGACCAUAAGGAGCCACCAGUGAGUCACAGCAAUGGGACAGAGACUUUGCGGAGCUCCGUCAAUGUGUCAGCGGCGGACUGGCAUGCAUUUAAAGAAGUGUCUUGUGAGGCAAAGCACCACUGUUCCAACCGGGGCUACAAGGACCAUAUAAGCAAAAGCAGAGAUCUGCAUCCACCAACCAUGGAGAUAACACAACUAACUGCUGCUGACCCGUCUACGUCAGACGUCCUCGCGCUGGUUUGCCAAGUCUCUGGAUUUUCCCCAUCUGACAUCAUAGUGUACUGGGAAGAGAAUGGCAAGAGACUCCCUUCCAGUCACUACACCAACAGUCCUACAUGGAAAUACACCGGGAGCAGCACAUAUUCGAUGAGCAGCAGACUAAACGCGUCAAAAACUGAGGAGUAUUCUUGUGUUGUCAUACAUGAGUCAUCUGAAACGCCUUCGAAAAGGCCUUUCAAGGAUGUGUUUGCCACGGUGACCCACAGCCAACCUUCAGCCACCUUGCUCCAGGGCUCCGGUGAACUUGUGUGCCUGGUCUUUGGCUUCAGCCCUGCAGCCAUUAACAUCACUUGGUUUCUCGAUGACACCAAAGAACUGUCGGACUACGACACUAGUGAACCCCACAGAGGCCCGAACGGAACGUUCAGCAUUCAAAGCCGCCUUCAUCUGUCCCGAGUCAUCUGGUUACCUGGAGCCAACCUCACCUGCAGGGUGACACAUGCAAACACCACGAUAUCCCUGGACAUAUCCAAACCAGACACCUUGGAGGACUGUAAUUUCUUAGAUUACAUCAUGCAUAAUGACGUGAACCAAGACACAGGUGUGGAAAGCUCGUAUAUGACUUUCACUUUCCUCGUUCUUUUCCUCAUCUCCAUCAUCUACGGUGUCUUGGCGACCAUGAUGAAGGUAAGAUAA